AUGGACCAGGACCUGGAAGAAGCACAAGACAGCAUGGAGGAAAAAACGGAGGAAGAGGUACCUAACAAGGACCAACAGAAGUCUGAGGGUCCCAAGAACAAAUCCCCGUAUAUGAUAGCAUUUCCAGGUGCCAUAAUGAAGUUUGCAUGUUUCAAAAAACAUAAAAUGCCUGUCUCAAGUGACACGAAGUUACCAGAAGUAAAAAAAGAUGCUUUCUUGGAAGGGCCAUUCGGUUUUGGCCCUCUAGUUUUUCCUAAUUUGCAGCGUUUCAACAACGUUAACUGCUUCCUCGCAGUGUACUGUAUGGUGGUCCUAGCUCAAGGUCUUAUAUUCGGUCUUGUUGGUCUGAGUAUUGGACAUUUUCAGAAGGAAUUGUAUCUGUCAAUGCCAGAGAGGGUUGUAUUGUCCUUCACCUAUGAUUUUAUAUCUCUGCUGACAGCAAUACCGGUGGCAUACUAUGGAAGUAGAUGGAACAGGACAAAGUGGGUGGCAACUGGCGCUUUUUUAGUGGGACUUGGAGCCAUCUUUUGUGCUGUUCCAUACAUGAAAUACCAAAUUGUAUCACCAAUAGAAGACAGCGAAGAGUUGUGCAUAGAAGAAGAAGACAGGUCGAUAACAGAAUGCGGGGAAAGUGUAGUACCACACAGACCAGAAAUUGUCUCUCUCUUCAUCUCCGGGCAGUGUCUCCAGGGAUUUGCCUCAAUGCCGAUCUAUAUCCUUGGUGUAACCUUUCUUUACGACCACACGUCCACACACUCAGCUGGCAUCUAUCUAGGUAUUGGUGAAGCUGUACAAAUACUGGGAUACGGUCUGGGUUACACAGUGGGAUCACCAAAUCUUAAGCCACCAAAUAAUCAAGAUUUGGAGGAGAGGGUAUCUUACAAAUUCCUAAGGCAGCAAGUCAUUUGGUGGGCUAGUUUUCUUGUUGCCAGUCUACUUUCGUGGUUCGCAUUCUUACCAUUGUUAUGUUUUCCAACUAAUUUACCUGGUGCACACAAGCUAAGACAUCGGAAAGAAAAGGAAGCUCUCGCCUUUGAUAAGAGACUUAAAUUUAAAAAAUUUGGACUUCAUGUGAAGGAUUUGUUUGGUGCUCUUCAGUGUCUGUCCAAGUCCCAGCUGCUGAUAUGCCAAGCAAUGUGCAAAGCCACAGAGUCCCUGUCUUACAUCGGAGCUACAGAAUUUUUGCCCAAAUAUUUAGAAAAUCAGUUUUUGUUAUCUCCCGCACUUGCUACUCUGCUUACAG